AUCAAUUACCGUAGAUUCUGAACCCCACAAGAGUACUUCUUCUCUCUUAACUACAGUAUCCACUUUCCGACAUUCGCUCCCUCUUUUUCCAGGGUAAAGAUGCAAAUUGCCGUCAUCGACGUGUCCACCAAUCACUAGACCUGUCCAACCUCAAUUCUUUUUUUGGCCGACACCUAUUAGGUUGCCCUGCACAACACCCCUCCCUUUACCCACGAGCCUUUAACCUCAGCUAAUUGCCCCGAGAAUCUUGCGGUUUACUGGAAAGAAACGGCGUUGCUAUUCUGUUUAUCCACCCUCGGUUUCAUCGCAUGGCUACUUCAUCCGUUAGGAAGUUGGACCCCGACCAGUUCUCUGGGCAAAGGGGUGUUCAUUUUAUCUCCAAGGACUUCUCUUCUGAUAUUCAUCUGCUUAGCGGAUCUCUGGAUGGCGUAGCGCGUCUAUCGCAUCAAGACGAUUCCGCCUCUUCCGACGACUCUCAACGUUCCGGUCGACAAAUGUCUGUGGAGUACGAUGAAUUGGAUGGCGAUGAGGAGGUGUUGGUGUCCGGGGAUGGUGUUGCCUCGAUUCAUAAUGGAGGUUAUUCCUCUUGGGGUGGGUCUGGGAGGACGGGAAAUAGUGUCCGCUCCUUACCCUACCCCGUUCCCGAACCUUCCGGAAGAAUGUCACCGGAAGGCGUAGUCGAUCGGUCGUCACUGCAUAGGCCCCCUCCCCCCAUGCGAAUACCAUCGCAUACCUAUGCUCCUGGGUUACAACGUCACCCAAUGAGUAUGACGAACGAGCGCUCGAGGCAUAGGUCUUCGUCGGCUAACCGGUCCCGCCGGGAUCCUAGCGCACUCUACCGAUCCCAGGAGAAAGCCUAUGUACAGCGGUUGCGCCAGGAUACGGAUAGCGACUAUUUUAGCUCUGGUUCUAGUCUUUUGGGCUCUUAUCAACAUGAGUUCGAGAUGGAGGAUGAGUCUCCUUCCGAGGUUCACUUUGGGGAUGAUAUGUAUGAUGGGGAUACGCUGUUGCUUUACGGUCACGAUGAGAUGGAACCAUCGGCGGAGGAACUCAAGAUUCCCGAGAAUAGGGAGCGCCUGGAGUGGCAUUCUAUGCUUGCAUCGGUUUUGAUGGGGGAUGUGGUUAAACAAGAGAAGAAGCGGUUGAUCGGUAGUACAGAAGAGAAGGAAGGUGUAACCAUGAAGACUGAGCUCUUCAUCGGUCUAAGGGCGAAGGUGUGUGGCCGAUCAAUUCCGGCCCAGAGGAGGAUUUUGGAGGAGGGUAGGGCAAAAGUGGAUACACUAAUUAGUGAUAUUAUAAACUUUGAAAUACAAGGAAAGGAUAAAACGGAAAAGAGCCCAAGAGAGCAAGUCCACGACAUUAUUUUGAGAUGGGAGAGGUGCGAGCAACUAUGGCCCACCCAGGCAGCAUUGAUGAGCGCUAAGCCAAACUGCGCUUCCUCGCCUUUCGCGGCAAGUUGGGACGCGAUCGUCGCCUGGAGCAAUAUCACCGAACUGAUCAGGACAGAGCUCAAAAUCCUUCAAAAUUGGGUUGGGAAUGAUGACUUGGAUUUUGCCCGGCAAAAUGUUACCUCCGUGGGUGAUGUUUCCAACAUUGAUCGGGGAUCGUCGUUCUUGGAUCGGAUUUUAAAAGAGGAUAACCUGAAGUCGUUGAUUGGAGAGAGCAACAUGCUAUCUGGCUUGAGUAGAGUGAUUGCUAAGGCAAAGGAGACUUUGAUCGAGUAUUCUGAGGCUUUUGGGAAGCGCCAUUUACCACCAUACAUCGAAGAGCUGCUGGUUCUCAUUGGAUUUCCGACAAGGCUUAUUGAGGAGGUUAUCGGUAUGCGUCUCAAGUAUGCUGAGAACAUGAGGGAACCAGUGUCAAUGAUGACGGAUCAGUUGAUUAUGCAAUUCCAGUCUGUCCUCCGGCUUGCUGUGGAUAUUAAGCAGAAAUACAUGAUAAUUUCGGAGCCGGAGCCCGGCUGGAAUCUUCCCCCCUGUAUGGACGAGAGCUUCGAACAAGUGGUGUUACAUGGGUUAAGGUAUUACUUCAAGCUUAUCGGCUGGAGGAUCGGGUCCAACAAGAACACUUUUAAGGAGGCCGAAAUCCUUGAGACGGAAUGGAAUUUCUCUAAUGACAUCGGCCGAUUUAUCGAGGGGGGUGAUGUUGAGGUCGCCGAGCAGUUUAGUUCCUUAACGAGCAAAUUACUUAGUAGGUUGAUGGGCCAUUUCGAGAAGGAGUUACAGAAACCUCCAGAGGCCAGAGGAGAGGAUAUCAGCAAACGGUAUAAACAGAUCUUGGAUUCUGUUCGUGUGCGGCAGCGUAAAUUAUUCCGUUUUGCAAGACUUUUGAGCCAGCGUUUUGAGAAUGCGAGCGAGUACAACGUUGAAGAGCAUAAACUUAAAGACUUAGGAGUAUAUUUGGUGGCGGAUCCAUCUUUAUCUGGCCGCCCGCAUCAGAUCCAAUCGAUCCUUCGUACAUGUUUCCACGAUGACGUCGUCCGAGAGGACCCAUCUUGCCCGUAUGUUCUGAUCAUCUGCCCACAAGACCAGCUAGCCUGGGAUGGACCCGUUUUGGAUAUUGAUAUGAGGGAGCCGAUUGUGGAUAUCAAACCCGGAAGAUUACGUUUAGUAGCAGACGGUUCCCUAGCAAGACUAGCAAAUGCUCGGAUGUCAUUCUCUCACUCAACGAAUCAUAGCCUUGACAUUUUGAUUGAACAGAGGGCUAAUCUUCCACGGGUCGACCAGGAAUUGAUGAAGAUCAAGAAGACCACCUACAGACUGUCGAACGCUAUUAUGGAUAGUGUGGAAAAAAUCCGGAGGCAGACCACAGGAUUAGGUUGCCAGGAACUUAUCCAGACUUGUUUUGCAUUUGCGACGGAAUUUGGGCAGCGUUCAGUGCUUUACAUGGACAAUAACCGAAAGGCAAUGAACAAUCUUAAGCUCACUCGGCUUGCCAUCGACUGGGUCAGCUUCAUAUGCGAUGACUGCGUUGCUUCCGAUCGUCGGACUUUUCGAUGGGCUGUGAAAGCGCUAGAAUUUGCUAUGGUCAUGACCCGUGGUCAGAACAUUCUCUCCUUCAGUGAGGCAGAGUACGAGCGGCUAAGGUCCAAAGUCGCCGGCUGCAUGUCACUCUUGAUUUCGCAUUUCGACAUCAUGGGCGCUCGUUCAACGCUCGCGGCACAAGCCGAGAAGCAAAGAAUGGAGAUGCUCGCCGGCCAAGUUAAGAAAAUGGACAUGGGUAAGCUCCUUGAAGAUAACGAAGCUGCCGAACGCAUACGGGAAGAAUGGCUCCGUCAACUAACCGAAAUCGACAACGCCCGCAAGGGCCUCCUCAGCGAGCGACAAGCCCUCGGCCGAGUAUUGGACGAUAGCAACCAGACCGACCGAUCCCUAACCUCCCUGUCAAAGUCCUCCUUCUCGAACGUCUCCCUCCGCUGGCAACAAGGCCAAUUCGUUGGUGGCGGGACCUUCGGCACGGUGUACGCAGCAAUGAACCUAGACUCGGGCUACCUAAUGGCGGUCAAGGAAAUCCGUCUCCAGGACCCACAAGUAAUUCCGCAAAUUGCGAACGCCAUCCGCGAGGAAAUGCACGUGUUAGAACUCCUCGACCACCCCAAUAUCGUCCAAUACUUUGGCAUAGAAGUGCAUCGCGACAAGGUCUGCCUCUUCAUGGAGUACUGCUCCGGCGGCUCCCUAGCCAGUCUCCUCGAGCACGGCCGCAUCGAGGACGAGACUGUCGUUAUGAUCUACACCCUACAGAUGUUGGAGGGCCUCGCCUACCUACACGAGUCGCGCAUCGUGCACCGCGACAUAAAGCCGGAAAACAUCUUGCUGGACCACAACGGCAUAAUUAAAUACGUCGACUUCGGCGCCGCCAAGGUGAUAGCACGUCAGGGAAAAACGCGCCGUGGCGGCGUAGCCACUGCCGCCCGCACAAACCUGAACUCCAUGACCGGAACACCCAUGUACAUGUCCCCCGAAGUGAUCACGGGCUCGGAUAAGGGCCGCCACGGUAGCAUCGAUAUAUGGUCCCUGGGCUGCGUGGUGCUGGAAAUGGCAACUGGACGAAGACCCUGGGCGAAUCUGGAUAAUGAGUGGGCUAUUAUGUGGAAUAUCGCUGCGGGAUACCCUCCGCAAUUGCCCGCGCCGGACCAGUUGAGUGAGAGUGGGAUCGACUUCUUGAAGAAGUGCUUUGAGAGGGAUCCGGGAAUUAGGCCUUCUGCUGCGGAGUUGUUGCAGCAUGAGUGGGUGUGUUUUGUCCCAUUUAUUUUCUUUUGUUCACUUUGGUGGGGGAUGCAGACUAAUUGUGGAGGGAUAAAGAUCUUAACCAUCAGAAAUCAAGUCAUCGAACCAUCCAUUCCCGCGAGCGAGACCUCAAGCGGAGCUAGCAGUCGGUGA